AUGGCCACCUCCACAGUGUUGAUCGACACGCUUCAGAUUCAUGGCGACCCCGACUCGGACGCCGCCGACCCAGUCGCCAUCAUCGGCCAGCCGUUUGUGGUCGCUCGCAGGAUCUCCAUUUAUUUCGCGGAGAUCGAUUGCUGGUGCCCCGCGGGGGUCGUCUUUACUUGCGACUCGACGGACGACCGCUUCGACGGCGUCGCCAUCCGCCGCAACGACUCGGGGUCAGCUGCGGGUUCGGACUUGCCCAACGUCAUUCGCGUGUUCGACAGCAAGUGGUACGGCAUGUCGAUCGCAUCCCAGGACGUCAGCGACGUCAACCGCACCCCGAUGACGCUGGACGCUGCUUCUCGGGACGGGCCAGCGCCAGGCGACGCGGUGGACUCGAUGCUGGGGGCUGCGCUGCUGAAGGGUUUUCUGGACGGCCAGGCCUGCCAGGGCGAGCCCGUCCUCGCGCCGAGCGCCUGCUACCCGAGGGACGCCUGCGCCGACGCCUCCGCUGCUCGUGGUGCUUGCUCGCCCACGCGCGGCAGCCAUUGGCUCAAGGUGCUUGCGCUCAGGAGCGCGCUGGACACGUUCGUGGUGAAUGCGUGCGCUUCGUUCAGGCACCCGGAGAUCCCGGUCGGCCUCCGCGGGUUCCCCAGGGGCAUCUCCAGGGUUGUCCAGAGGCCCGAACUGGGCCAGAGCCGGACGGGGCUACAGCUGGCCAUGGACGGCGCUGGCGGCAAGCUCUCCACGGUCCAGGCCGACAUCAUGGCCCGGAUACAGGCUCACGGGCAGGGGGGCCCUCCCCCGGCCGGGCCGCCGCAGGCUGCGCCACAGGCGCCGCCCAGAGCCGCGCCGCAGCAGGAGGCGGCCAGCGGCGGGCCAGAGGACCCUUUCGCCAACUACUCCAUCGGAAACCUGUGCGAGCAGGUGCGCACGCCAGAGCAGCAGAGGCAGUUCGUGAAGCUGCUGGAGGACAGGCAGAGGGUGCUGGCGUCGCAGCAGGCGAAGCUCGAGCAGUUCGUGCUCAUGCUGCGGUCCAAGCAGCCGACGGCCAAGCGCAAGUCCGAGGCCAAUGCUGCCGCUGAAGAGGCCGAGCCGGCCAAGCGCCAGGCCAACCUGUGCAAGCUGUUCAUCAUGGGUGGGUGCCCACGCGGCGACGGCUGCCCAGACAUCCACGCCCACACGCAGGAGGAGGCCGAGGCUAUGCAGGCCGAGAGGGACAAGGCGGCUGAGCAGGUUGUGGCCGCGAUGCAGGCGCAGGAGGCGGCGAUGGUAGCCGCUGCCGCUGCGGCGGCGCAGUCCACAGAAAGCGGAUGGAGCAACGACGAUGGAGGCUGGAGCGGCAACGGCGAUUGGUCGUCUUGGGGCAACGGUGGCGGAUGGUGGGACAGUGGCCCCGACAAGGGCAAGGGCAAGGCGAAGGGCAAGGGCAAGGGCAAGGACGCUUGCGGCAAGAAGGGCGGCAAGGGCAAGUCAAGCUCCAGCCAGGACUGGUCCGGCGGUUGGGGCUCGGGCCCUUCCACUCCAGUGGCGCCGGGCCCGAAGGGCAGCCCGAAGGGCAAGGGCGCAGGAGGGGCCCAAGGCUGGGGCGCCGACGCCGCUGGAGCCGAUGGCUGGGGCGGUGGCGCCGGAGCUCCAGAGGACUACGGUGGCAUCGACAUGGCGGCGAUGCAGCAGGCGGCGGCCGCCGCCGCGAUGCAGCUGCAGGCGACGAUGAUGGGCGGCAAGGGCAAGUGA